AUGAGUGACAGCAAGGAAGAUAAAAAGCAAAUACGUGUGUGGUGUGAUGGAUGUUAUGACAUGGUUCAUUUUGGUCAUGCAAACUCAUUGAGACAGGCCAAAGCUCUCGGUGAUGUAUUAAUAGUAGGUGUACACACAGAUGAAGAAAUUUCCAAACACAAGGGUCCACCUGUUUUUACACAAGAGGAGCGAUACAAAAUGGUUCGUGCUAUCAAAUGGGUCGACCAGGUGGUGGAGGGAGCACCUUAUGUUACAACAUUAGAAACAUUAGAUAAAUACCAGUGUGAUUUUUGUGUGCAUGGAGAUGAUAUCACAGUAACCGCAGAUGGAGUAGAUACAUAUCAUUUAGUUAAAGAAGCUGGUAGAUAUAGGGAAGUGAAAAGAACUGCUGGCGUGUCCACUACUGAUUUGGUUGGAAGGAUGCUUUUGCUCACAAGAGAACAUUUUAAGAGAGGUGACAAAGAAUACACUGUAGCCCUGGAGCAUUCUUCGAAUCUCGGUACAGAUUCAACUGCAAGGUCACCGUAUACUGGUUGUUCUCAGUUUUUGCCUACAACUCAGAAGAUCAUCCAGUUUAGCAGUGGCUUAUCACCAAAACCCACUGAUAAAGUGGUGUACGUGGCUGGAGCGUUUGAUCUCUUCCACGUGGGUCACUUGGACUUCCUGGAAGCUGCGCAUGCGCAAGGCGACUUUCUAAUCGUCGGUCUACACACAGAUCUCGAAGUUAAUCGCUAUAAGGGAUCUAAUUAUCCCAUAAUGAAUCUCCACGAACGCGUUCUCUCUGUCCUAGCUUGUAAGUAUGUUCACGAAGUGGUGAUCGGAGCGCCGUACAGUGUGACAGCGGAUCUAAUGGAUCACUUCCGAGUGUCGGUGGUAUGUCACGGGAAGACGCCCAUCGCGCUGGACGCGGACAAAUCAGACCCUUACAAGGUGCCUAAAGAACGAGGGUGCUUUAAGGUUUUAAAUUCAGGCAAUAACAUGACAACUGAGGAUAUAGUUCAACGAAUAAUCCGUCACAGAUUAGAAUUUGAGGAAAGGAACACUCGCAAAGAACAAAAGGAAUUGGCCGUUACGAAAACGGUACAGAAGGAGCAUAUCAAGCAGAAUGGAAAUUGUGUAGUUGUUAAGGGAUUUUCCGGUUAAUGUUAUAAAAAAAUACGUCAAAUCGAAACUUUCCCAGUGAAUUCUAUUAAAGAUUAUAAUACUCUGAAUUUUCAGUCUUAUUCGGUGACAUGACUAUUAUAUUUAUGAAUAUAAUUACCAUUAAAUAAAUCAUUUACCUAGUAUUGUAUAUUUAAGAAUUACGAUAAAAAUCAAACUUAAUCAAAUUAUAUUAAGUAAUAAUCAGUCAUAUUAUAAAGUGAAGGUUUUUAUUCGCAUUUUAGUAUCGUUUUUCUCAUUCCAAUAAUAUUAAUGAUACUUAAAUAUAUACUAUGAGAUUUA